ACUAUCACUUUUCAAGUGUUUGUUCAUCGUUUAACAAUGUCCGACGUCGCCGUUGCCGAGACUCCAGCAGUCAAGACCCCAACCAAAGCUUCAAAAGCCACGAAGGCCAAGGCUACCAAGAUUCCGAAGGUGAAGGUCGUUGCCGCCCAUCCGCCAUUCAUCAACAUGAUCACCGAAGCCGUCAGCAACCUCAAGGACCGCAAGGGAUCAUCCAGGGUCGCCAUUUUCAAGUUCAUCACUGCCAAAUACACGCUUGGAGAUCAAGUUAACAAGACCAACGCUCACCUUCGCUCUGCACUUAAAAAAGGAGUCGUCAGCAAGGUCCUCGUCCAGACUAACGGAAUCGGAGCCAACGGACGAUUCCGUCUUGCCGUUGCCGAGAAGCCACCAGCAGUGAAGAAGGCUGCCACUGGAGAGCAAAAGGUUAUGAAGACCGUCGCCAAGAAGGCUGUCAGCGGAGACAAGGCUAAGAAAACUGUCGCCAAAAAGACCGGAGACAAGGUGAAGAAGGUCAAGUCACCGAAGAGGAUCGCUAAGCCAGCUGUCAAGAAGGUCACUAAGAAAGCCGCCGCUCCAACGAAGUCUGCUGCCAAUGAAACCGCUCCAAAGAAGGCUGCUGCCACUGAAGCCGCUCCAAAGAAGGCUGCUGUCACGAAAGCUGCUACAAAGAAGACUCCUGCCAGGAAGGCCGUUGGUACUGCCCCAAAAGCCUAAUAACACUGUGUGAAAUUCAAAUUUAAUUCGAUCUCACCAUUGUAAUAUACCUCCUCCUUGAAGGUGUCCCGGGUACCGGUUUUUUCUUCCCAUUUAAUCAUAAUUUGUUCCAUUUUAACAAAUAUACCUUCCAAUAAACCAUUAAUAGAUUCU